AUGUCUGAUAACGGUGAAGUUGAGGUCGCCUCGGCCAACUACUCUGUCCUCCCCAAGGAGGUUACCGAGGAGAUUGGUAGCAUCAAGCUUUUCAACAAGUGGAGCUACGAGGAUGUUGAGAUCAGGGAUAUCUCGUUGACCGACUACAUGAACAUCCGUAACCCGGUCUACCUCUCUCACUCCGCUGGCCGCUAUGCCGUAAAACGUUUCCGCAAGGCUCAGUGCCCCAUCAUUGAGCGUCUCACCAACUCUUUAAUGAUGAACGGUCGCAACAACGGAAAGAAGCUCCAGGCUGUCCGUAUCGUUGAUCACGCUUUCUCAAUCAUCCACCUCAUGACCGACCAAAACCCUGUUCAGGUCGCUGUUGAUGCCAUUGUCAACUGCGGUCCCCGUGAAGAUUCAACCCGUAUUGGUUCUGCCGGUACCGUCAGGAGACAGGCUGUCGAUGUUUCUCCCCUCAGGAGGGUUAACCAGGCCAUCGCUCUGUUGACUAUCGGAGCGAGGGAGGCGUCAUUCAGGAACGUUAAGAGCAUCGCUGAGUGCUUAGCUGAGGAGCUUAUCAACGCUGCCAAGGGGUCAUCCAACUCUUACGCCAUUAAGAAGAAGGACGAGCUCGAGCGUGUCGCCAAGUCCAACCGUUAA